CAUUUAUCUCUUCCUUGGUGGUUAUGUCUCUAAAAAAGUACACAAAGAAGAACACAAUACAGUUUGGAUUGGAAAAAGCAUUCUGGUCCAGCCGAUCUGUAUGUGAGAAGUGGAAUUGAGGAUAUGGCCGCUUGUUUCAGUGAAUACGCCAUUAAAGUUGCUGAUUCAUCUUGUUCUUCCUCGGCGAGCCAGGCUUGUCGUCCCCAAAGCCUAAUUCCUUCGAUCCAAAAUGCAGUAACCUGCCACUACAAAACCAAGCUUUCCACACAAAAACAGCUUCUGAUCACAGUCACUUGGUGUACCAAUCUCAUGGGUCAAGGCCUCAGCAUCAAUGUCGGCGAUGACCCAUCAUCAUCUGCUCUCAAAGUCAACACAAACCCUCGAUUUUUCAGGAAAAAGAAAGGUAAUCGUUCAUUUGAAUCCUGCAAUUUCAAGAUUGAAGCUUUCUGGGAUCUCUCUACUGCUAAAUACGAUUCAGGGCCUGAACCCAUUAGUGGGUUUUAUGUGGUGGUGGUGGUUGAUUCGGAGCUCGGUCUUCUCCUUGGAGAUAUGAGCGAAGAAGUGAUCGCCAAGAAGUUCAAAAAUGGAAUCCCUCUCGCCCAAUUCUCUCUUGUUUGUCGAAGAGAACAUUUUUCUGGAAAUACCGUUUAUUCGACUAAGGCUCAAUUCUGUGAAACUGGAAUGGCUCAUGACAUUCUCAUCAGGUGUUGUUGUGAAGAUGAAGGAUUGAAAUAUCCGGUUCUGUCUGUUUGUAUCGAUAAGAAGAAAGUGAUUCGUGUGAAGAGAUUACAAUGGAAUUUCAGGGGAAAUCAGACGAUUUUUCUGGAUGGAUUGCUAGUGGAUAUGAUGUGGGAUGUUCAUGACUGGUUCUUUAAUCCUGCAUCUGGUUAUGCUGUUUUUAUGUUUAGGACAAGGAGUGGAUUUGACAGUAGGUUGUGGUUGGAGGAGAAGUUGAUACAGAAGGAACAGGAAAAAGUUGAGUUCUCUUUGCUCAUCUAUGCCUGUAAGGAUGCAUAAACAAAACUUUUAACUCUGCUAAUUUAUU